AUGAUACCACUAAUCACCCUCGAAGAACACUACAUCUCGCGCAAAGUGAGCGAAGCAAGCCCCACAGCCAAAGCCCACUACGCCGCGUUUCCCCCGCACAUCCGCAGCAAGCUGGAAGCGCUGGACGACGAGCGCAUCCAAGACCUCGACAGUGGCAGCGUAUCCCUCCAAGUGAUCUCGCACGGACCCGGCGACAUCAGCGCAUCGCUCUGCACCGCCGUGAACGACGACCUGGCCGCCGCCAUCAGGAAACACCCGACCCGACUCGCCGGGUUCGCGAUGCUGCCGAUGAGCGAGCCCGCCGCCGCCGCCGCCGCGGAAAUGGAGCGUUGCGUGCAGGAGCUGGGCUUCGUGGGUGCGCUGAUCGAGAACCACACCGACGGGAAAUACUACGAUGACGAGCGCUUCUGGCCGGUCUUCGCGAAAGCGCAGGCGCUCGAUGUGCCGCUCUACAUCCACCCGACCUUCGCCGCCGAUUCCAUGAUGGAGUAUUACAGGGGCAACUAUGACGACUCGGUCGCGCUGGCGCUGAGUGCCUACGGCUGGGCCUGGCACACGGAGACGGGCUUGCAUGUCCUCCGGCUCUACGCCAGUGGGGUCUUUGAUCGAUAUCCGAGGUUGAAGAUCGUCAUUGGCCAUAUGGGCGAGAUGCUGCCCUUCCAGCUCGAGCGCGUGUUCACGGUGGCUGAGAGAUGGGGCAGGGAGAGGAGUCUCCGGGAGGUCUGGAGGGACAGCAUCUGGAUUACGACUAGUGGCAUGUUCUCGUCGACGUCGUUGGCGUGUCUCUUGAAGACAACCUCGAUUGAGCAUGUGCUGUACAGCGUUGACUAUCCGUUUUCGACGAAUGAGAGAGGUCUGGCAUUUUUUAAAGAGAUUGAGGAAAGUGGUCUCAUCGCUGGCGAGGAUCUGGAGUUAUUUGCCUAUCGGAAUGCGGAAAACCUACUGGGAGUUAAAGCAAGGACGUCGUGA